AGACUUCUAAUAUAGUUUACUUCCACUUUUUCUCAAGUACUUUUUGAACCGUACACUCACCGAACCACAAAACCCAUUCUUUCCUUCCUACCAUUCUCUUCUUCCCAGUCUUUUUACUGUAUCCCCGCUCUCUCUAGUUUCUCCCCUUUCUAACAAUACGACAUUCCAUUUGUUGUCGUUUUUCUCUGAGAACAAAUAUUCUAAUAUGAUGAACAACACAUCUGUGCCCGUACACAACGGCAACGGCAACGGCGAUGAGGUCGAUUGGGAGAUGAGGCCCGGCGGCAUGCUGGUUCAGAUGCGAGACGACGAAGUCGACGCCGCCGGACCUGCUGCUCCUUCUCGUGGUCCUAUGAUCAAAAUCAACGUCUACCAUGACACGGCCCAGCACGAGCUCUUCGUCCCUGCUCAAUCAACUUUUGGGGAUGUAAAGAAGGUUCUUCUACAUAAAACUGGUUUGGAGCCCAAUGAGCAAAAACUCUUGUUUAGGGGAAAAGAAAGGGAGGAUGAGGAGCAUUUGCACGUGUUAGGGGUGAAGGAUAAUUCAAAAGUUGUACUCUUGGAGGAUCACGCAAGCAGAGAAAGGAAGCUUGAGGAGAUGAAGAAGAGCCGUGAGAUAGCAAAAGCAUCUGAAGCUGUUGCUCAAGUCAGAGCUGAAGUUGACAAGCUCUCAGAAAGGGUUGAUGCCUUGGAAGUGGCUGUGAUUGGUGGAACCAAGGUUGAGGGGAAGGAAUUUGACGUAUCAACAGAGUUGCUCAUGAGACAGUUGCUGAAGUUGGAUGGUAUAAAAGCUGAAGGAGAAGCAAAACUGCAGCGGAAGGCUGAGGUACGUCGUGUCCAGAAAUAUGUGGACGCACUGGACACCCUGAAGGGAAGAAAUGCCAAUCCAAUUAACAGCCCUAGCAAUGCUGUAUCAGUAACAACCCAAUGGGAGACAUUUGACAAUGGCGUGGGAAGCUUGAAUGCCCCACCCUCUACACAAUCUCCAACAAAAUUAAAGCAAGAUUGGGAACGGUUUGAUUAGUGCAAAGUUUUGUUCAUGUGAUCUAUAAAAAUUAUUUCAGGAUGUAUACACACCAAUUGUUAUUUCUAAGCUUUGAUUCUUCAAUCAUAGUGUGAGUGUGGCUGUGGUACGAACUUGUGUAGAAACUAGAACGAUAUCUUCUGCUGUUUGCUCAGGAACAAAUGAAAUUAGCAGGCAUUUUAUUAUUUUUUA